CUCCCGCCGCGGCUGGGCCUCCAAAUGGCGACGCCGCGUGCAUUGCGGCUCCCGCACGUAAGCCAGAUAAAUCCAAGCCAGGAUGUACGUCUAUGCGCCAAGAAAUUCUAGUAUACUGGUAGUCCUCGUAGGUGCAUAGAGAUAGUCCAAAGCGCCAGCCAUUAUUUCAGGAUCAGCUCUCCGGAAUCCCAGAUCGCCCAAAGUUCCAAAGUUAAAGUGAGCAGUAGCCUAGUACAGAGCAGAAAAGCGAGCAUAUAUAUAAGUAAUCCUGCGGCCAUUUCCUUGAGAGCACGACUUAGGAGAGACUGGCCGGCCGGCAGCAGGGACCGAUGGCGGUGAUGCGGCAGAGGGCAAGGGCGGCCAAGAGCUUGUGGCUCCUCGUGCGCCGCCUGCUCUGCCGCAAGAGGCAGAGACCGGAGCAGCUGGAGGAAGGGGAGAAGAGCAGCCUCCUGCUCCUCGGCAGAAGCAGCUCCCUGGAGGAGCUCCUGGGUUCUGACGGCGUCUGCCGGUGCGCGUCCACGCCGUGCUGCUGUGGUGGAGCGAAGAAGAAAGAUGGCCAGCAAGCCCGGCAGCGUGUGGACGUGGCUCGCCCGGAGGCGGAGGCGGAGGCCAUGGCCACGACGACAGCGUUGUCGGCAGGCGGCGGCGGCGGUGCGGCGGGGCAGUACCGGAGGUUCAUGUUCGGCGGGUUCCGGCGCCGGCUGAUGGCGAGGAGACAGUGGCGGCCCAUGCUCGUCGCCAUCCCGGAGUGAUCCAUCAACCGAUGAUCCAUCCAUGAUCCAACGAUCGAGUCAUUUUCUGUGUUGUUGAGGAUCCGAUUUCGUUGCAAUAUGUGCAGUGCAAGAUCAUGUCAGUGCAGGUUAUUACGCCUGCUGUUCAAUGUUCAGUUUUCUUCACCUCGCUCCAUUCCUUCCAGUGGUCUAUUGCAGAGCCGUUGAGGCGUUGACCCUUCUGUUGUAGAUGUUCUGUGUUGUAGACUUGUAGUAGUAGCAAAGCGUUGGUACAUAAAUCGAACAAAUCUUUGCCUCGCAAGCA